UCCUGACUGUCUGUAGUCCACCAAUAAAAGUCCUGGUGGUGCCACACCUGAACACACAAGAGCAUCCCCUUCUUGUCUGCAAUGAACAAGAGAAGGAUCUUUGACAAGUUCCUCAGAGGCCGCCUGCUGACGUCCGUCAUCCUGGUCCUCGUGAGUCUUCUCACGCUCUUCAGCCUGAGGAAGCCGGACUUUAAAACGCCACAGCAGUUCUCUGCCGACCACCCCGGAUGUUCUGCUCUCCUCACAGCAGACCUGCAGCACCACAAGGAGGACUUGGAGCGUCUUCUGUCCUCCCCCCGGAGACGCCAUCCUCUACAGGAGGACUUCUACGUCAACCUGACCCGGGACUGCCAGGUCUACGUCGCCCGCAGAGGUUUCUUCACGGUUCCUCUCAGCGAGGAGGAGAGGGCUUUUCCCAUCGCGUACUCCAUGGUGGUCCACGACCAGAUCGAGAUGUUCGAGCGCCUCCUGCGGGCCGUGUACGCGCCCCAGAACCUCUACUGCGUGCACGUGGACCGCAAGUCCGCCGGGGAGUUCCAAGCCGCCGUGGAAGCCAUCGCUUCCUGCUUCCAGAACGUCUUCAUGGCCGACAAGUCGGAGAAGGUGACCUACGCCUCGUGGUCCAGAGUGCAGGCGGACCUGAACUGCAUGGAGACCCUGUCCAAGUCUCCGGUGCGCUGGAGGUACCUGCUGAACACCUGCGGCACAGACUUCCCCAUUAAAACCAACAAAGAGAUUGUGGAAGUCCUGAAGGUCCUGAACGGGAGGAACAGCAUGGAGACCGAAGCCACCAACGACUACAAGAAGCAACGCUGGUUGUAUCACUACAACGUCAGCCAGGACCUGGUCAGAACUGACGUGAAGAAGAGCCCGCCGCCCAUUCGGACCCCGAUGUUCUCCGGUAACGCCUACUUUGUGGUCAGCAGGGUGCGGGGGUGCUGGUGCCUAUCUCAGUUGCAUUCAGGCAGAAGGGCCUUUGUGGAGCACGUGCUUCAGGACCAGGAGGUCCGGGCCCUGCUGCAGUGGGAGAAGGACACCUACAGUCCAGACGAGCACCUGUGGGCCACCUUGCAGAGGAUGCCCUCGGUCCCCGGGGCCGUGCCCACCAAUGCCAAGUACGACCUGUCCGACAUGCAGGCCUUGGCGCGGGUGGUCAAGUGGAGCUACCUGGCGGGGGACGUGAGGAAAGGGGCCCCCUACGGUCCGUGCUCCGGGGUGAAUAGAAAGGCGGUGUGUGUCUAUGGUCUGGGGGACCUGCAGUGGCUCCUGAGUCAACAUCACCUGCUGGCCAACAAGUUUGACCCCCUGGUGGAUGACCUGGUCAUCAGGUGCUUGGAGGCCAUUCUCUACUUCAAAGCUUUAGAUGCCAGGGUGUGAUUGACCAUGAAUGAGGGGGAACUGUUCAUGAGACCUUACCACGAGGACCAGAGAGAAACCUGUUGCUGCCCUGCAACCUGUUUCCAGGCAGGCAAUGGAAACAAGCCUUCCAUGUGAAAAAGCAGAAGGCAGCGGUGUGGAAAGACAAAAACAACACAGCACAUUUUAACUAACUCUUUCGUGUGUGGCCUACCCAAAACCUGCGGAAUCAAGGAAGCGUCACACUACACCGACAGAAAAAUGGGACUCUUAAUUGUGAAAUUGUUAUUCAGUGUUUAAGCUGGAUCAUGUGACUUUAAACAGUACAGGCCAAAAGUUUGGACACACCUUCUCAUUCAAGCUUAAUUUUCAUGACUAUUUACAUUGUAGAAAGUCACAUCAAAACUAUGAAUGAACACAUGUGGAGUUAUGUACGUGACAAAAAAAGGUGAAAUAACUGAAAACAUGUUUUAUAUUCUAGUUUCUUGCCCUGAUUACUGCUUUGCACAUUGUUGGCAUUCUCUUGAUGAGCUUCAAUAUAUAUCGAUAUACCCGAUACAUUGCGGGUUUGUCUCUGUGCGAUAUAGAAAAUGACUCUAUGGUGAUAUUGGAGUAUACGUUCUCACGCAGUUGCUUUUAGCUGCGGGCAUUACACUGCAUGCGUUUCCCACUCUUUCUUGUCUCUGCUUCUCACAGUGACUUAAAACAAGCGCACCUUCCUACAUACGUCACAUGCUGUCACGUGUGCAACGUCAUACGCCAUGGGUGUCAAACUCUGGCCCGCCGUGUAAUUUAAUUUAAUUUAGCAUUAGAGCUGGCCCGCCGGUGUUAUACAGCGUCGGUGCCGCUGUAACACCGCAUUCACCGCUAAUACUCAUACUUGCCAACCCUCCUAAUUUUCCCGAUAGACUCCCGAAGUUCAGUGCCCCUCCCAAAAAUCUGCCGGGGCAACCAUUCUCCCGAAUUUUUACCGAUUUUCACCUGGACAACUAUAUUGGGGGCGUGCAUUUAAGGCACUGCCUGUAGCGUUCUCUACAACCUGUCGUCACGUCCGUUUUUCCUCCAUACUAACAACGUGUCACAUAAUAUUUUUGGCUAUUACACACACACACGCACUAGUGAAUGCAACGCAUACUUGGUCAACAGCCAAACAGGUCACACUUAGGGUGGCCGUAUAAACAACUUUAACACUGUUACAAAUAUGCCCCACACUGUGAACCCACACCAAACAAGAAUGACAACCACAUUUCGAGUCAACAUCCGCACCGCAACCCAACAGAUCAAAUACCCAUAAUCCCUUGCAGCACUAACUCUGCUGGGAAACUUCCAGUAAACUGACCAAUAAUUAACGUUUUAUUCAUGCAUUUUCUCUUGCUACUUCAAGGCUUGAAUGUUUGGUUCAUUCAUUAUUGUUAUUUUAUUUUCAAAUUUAUUAUUAGCCUGUGAAAUUUUUUUUUAUAUUUACCUCAGAAGAUUGCAAAUAGAAAAAAAGGCAUACAAUUUUUAUUUAAAUUUUAAUUGAUAUGCCAUUGAUAUUUUUUUAAUUAUUAUUAUUUGAAACUGGAUUUUGCACGUCACUAAAGUUAUAUAAGCCUUGCUUGUUCAAUAUUUAAUGCAAAACUUGUUUGGGUCCCUAUUAAAAGGUUAAUUUGUUCAACCUUGGCCCGCGGCUUUGUUCCGUUGAAAAUUUUGGCCCACUCUGUAUUUGAGUUUGACACCCCUGUCAUACGCCCUCGCGGAGCAGACAGGUAGCGACAUGGUAACAUUAGCUGUGAUGCUAGCAGAGUGGUGCGAGUGGUAAUGAGAGAAAGAAGGUGCGAAUCUGGUAACAAAUGGUGGAAGAAUUAAUUCCCAAGAAAAACAGCACGGGGUCCAUCGUCCGGCGGUGGUUUGGCUUCAAGCGGAAAGAUGUCGAACAAUUAUGCGGCAAAAGCGUUGCUACAAAAAGUAGCACCGCUGCUAAUGUAGCAUCGUUUGAAAAGUCACCCGCUAGAGAAUGAAGAGUGCCACGCCAACAAAAUACCGAAGCAACCAUUUCCACAUCAACACCGAAAAUAGUCAACAACAGAAAGAGAUAACGUCCGCAGGAACCUACCACAUAGCGAAGGACAUACACUAUUUGAUUUCCUAUGAUGCAACUCAUUUUUAUUUGACACGUAUUGAAAUAUCUUGUGUGACAUCAUGCACAAAAGUGCACUUUAUUUGUUUUAAACUAUUGUAGUGGCGUUCUGUACAAAAAGUGCAGUUUAAUUUUGUUUUGUUUUGAUAUGUCAUCUUAGUGACAUCAUGCAUAAAAGUGCACUAAUAGCUUGUUUUAAAAUAUCUCUGACAAUAUUGCACUUUCUGUUUGUGCCACUGCUUAAUAACUGUUUAAUAAAUAAAGUUUUGGUCAAUUGACUUAGUUGUGAUUUCCCUCUCUGCAUGAAAGUUUAAAAGUAGCAUAUAUUAGUGCAGUAUGAAGAAGAAUGUUUUAAUGUAGACACAUAGAAUCAUCAUACCGCUGUGAUUAUAUGCAUCAAGUUUUCAUUCAAGGCUAAGGCAAAAUAUGGAGAUAUAGAUAGUUUAUCUUGACAUGGCCUAACAAUAUCGAGAUAUUUUUAAAAGGCCAUAUUGCCCAGCUCUAGUUCAAGCACACCUGUGAAGUGAAAACCAGUUUAGGUGACUACCUCUUGAAGCUUUUGGAGAGAAUGCCAAGAGUGUGUAAAGCAGUAAUCAGAGCAAAAAGUGGCUAUUUUGAAGAAACUAGAAUAUAAAAACAUGUUUUUAGUUAUCUAACGUUUUUUGUUAAGUACAGAACUCCACGUGUUCAUUCAUAGUUUUGAUGUGACAAUCUACAAUGUAAAUAGUCAUGAAAACUUAAAAAAACACAAUCUACAAUAAAUAGUAAAUAGUCAUUCAAAUUAAAAAAAAGAAUUGAAUGAGAAGGUGUGUCCAAAAUUUUGGCCUGCGUUGUACAUUUGUCCAGCAGGAAAUGCACUUCUGAAGAGAUUAAUUCAUGACAAAAAAACAACUCUUUCAUUGCCAAGUUUGACUUUUGCAGGUUAAAGAGAGAUCACGUGACCUGACAUAGUUGACUUAGCAGUGCAUUGCAAAUACAACCGUUGGAAAAGGCCCUUACCUUCCCAUUCAAACUCAUUGCUGUUGUCGGAAGGUGUGUCCAUGUCGUCCAAGUCCAGCUCUGUACUUUCAUCCAACUCAUCAGACAGAAUAGAACCUUCACUACGGUCCAGAGUGAGGCUGAUGUCCGGAGCCGCGAGCUUCUUCUUCUCCUUCUUGCCAUGGUUGACUGUGCAGCCUACAUAGAAGGUGAAGAGUAACAAUCAAUGUUUUGCAGACUUUUAAUUCUUACACAGUUGUGUCUUACAAUUAAGAGAUGUUUUUCCCUGGCAAUAGUCCAUGGCUAAAGGACGGGAAGAAAAGUCCAUUCUGAAGUUCAGCCAAAGUUUACCGAGAGUGAUGAGCACAAUUAACACCUUCAAGUGUUCUCCUCUGCGUCAUGUGCAACUAGGCCUGCAGAUACCAUUCUACACAGCAUCCACACUGGCCACUUUAAAAGACUAAACAUGCCUACAUUUAAUAUUGAUCAAAACUGAGCAUUAGAGGUGUCAAACUCAAGGCCCGGUGAUUUUACCUGGCCCGCAAACACCUGGAAAUGAUAUGUGUCAAUAAAGUACUUCAUAUUUUCUCCCUAAA